UUGACCCUCGUGACAAAUUUGAGUUUAUGGAGUAUUCUUUUUCCCAAAUGUAUGGUCAAGAGAAAGGAGUAGAGCUAUUCAACAAGGUCAAGAGUUGUUUGUUUGAUUUGUUUAAUGAAUACAAAAAAAUGUAUCAACCUAAUGUUGAGCAAAUCAAUGAUAAUAGUUCACAACAAUUAAGUGGGAGUUGCACUACUACCGGUUCAAUAAACCCUAAGCCUAAAUUCUUUUUGAAGCAUCACUACAAGAAGCAGAAGUUGGAGGAAUCUGGUGGGUUUGAUUCAAAAACAGAGUUAGAAGUGUAUCUAAGUGUGGCAAUUCAAGAGGAAAAGGAGGAUUUUGAUGUCAUGAAAUGGUGGAAAAUAAAUUCUGAAAGGUUUCCUAUUUUAGGAAAAAUGGCUAGAGAUAUAUUAGCAAUUCCAGUUUCUACAGUUGCCUCAGAGAGUGCCUUCAGUACUGGUGGAAGAGUGCUAGAUUCCUUCAGGAGUUCCCUGACUCCUAAAAUUGUUGAGGGCUUGAUAUGUGUGCAAGAUUGGAUUCGUCCAUCAAAUGUUCAAGUAAAUGUUGAGGAAGAUCUAGAGGAACUUGAAAAGCUUGAAGAAGAAUUACCGUCAGUUGGAAUCACCUAUGGUUUAGGUGGAUCAUGCUCUACUCCUAUCUCAUAAAUGUAAGAUUAACUAUUGAAAAUUUAAAUUUAUUUGGUGAUAAGGAAUUAAGGUGAUUUUUAAAUAUUUUUAUGUGCAGAUUUCAGUCUUUUAAAUAUGCUUCAACACAAUAUUUUGUGGGAUCAGAUUUAGAUAUGCUGUUGAAGGCUGGUGUGCGUGUGGAUUUAAUAUAUGUACUUUUAAAUUUUAUAUGGAUGUAUCUGGACGUAUAUGGACUUUUUAAGUAUUAUCAUUGUGUAUUCAGACAGUAUUUAUUGAUAAAUUACACAGUUCUCCUUUAUGCUCUCUCUCUCCUUUUUUCCUUCCUUCCUCUCUGAAGACAAGU